CGUUUCAGGUGUUUGGAAUUUGAGGUAAAGAAAACGUGCACAGAAUCCGAUGUUUCAGAACCUCAGAAUUCCAGGUCUAUGGAAAUGCAGGACCUGGCAAGUCCUCACACUCUUGUUGGAGGUAGUGACACUCCUGGUAGCUCCAAACUGGAUAAACCUAAUCUCAGCAGCACAUCAGUCACUACAAACGGGACAGGAGGGGACAACAUGACUGUUUUAAAUACAGCAGACUGGUUGCUGAGUUGCAACACCCCCUCUUCUGCAACAAUGUCUCUUCUUGCAGUCAAAACAGAGCCUUUGAACAGCAGUGAAACCACAACCACGACUGGAGAUGGAGCGCUUGACACUUUUACUGGGUCAGUAAUAACAAGUAGUGGCUACAGCCCCCGAUCAGCACAUCAGUAUUCCCCACAGCUGUAUCCUUCCAAGCCCUAUCCACACAUUCUUUCUACACCAGCAGCUCAAACAAUGUCUGCCUAUGCGGGCCAGACUCAGUAUUCAGGAAUGCAGCAGCCAGCGGUCUACACAGCCUACUCACAGACAGGACAGCCCUACAGCCUGCCCACUUACGAUCUGGGUGUGAUGUUGCCAGCCAUCAAGACCGAGGGUGGCCUUUCCCAAACUCAGUCACCAUUGCAGAGUGGCUGCCUCAGUUACAGUCCAGGGUUUUCUACCCCACAGCCGGGCCAGACGCCUUACUCUUACCAAAUGCCAGGUUCUAGUUUUGCACCAUCAUCUACUAUUUAUGCAAAUAACUCAGUUUCGAAUUCAACAAAUUUCAGUGGUUCACAGCAGGAUUAUCCAUCCUACACAGCCUUUGGCCAAAACCAGUAUGCACAGUAUUACUCAGCAUCAACGUACGGAGCGUAUAUGACAUCAAAUAACACCGCCGACUGCACGUCAUCAUCAGCUUCCACUUAUCAGUUGCAGGAAUCUCUGCCCGGGCUGACUAGCCAACCAGGCGACUUUGAUACUGUUCAGAGCCCCUCUACACCCAUCAAAGAUCUUGAUGACCGAACAUGUAGGAGUUCUGGAUCAAAGUCCCGAGGAAGAGGCCGGAAAAAUAACCCCUCCCCACCUCCCGACAGUGACCUGGAGCGUGUGUUUGUCUGGGAUUUGGAUGAAACCAUCAUUGUUUUUCACUCACUCCUCACAGGAUCUUACGCACAGAAGUACGGCAAGGAUCCCCCUAUGGCUGUAACCCUAGGACUCCGAAUGGAGGAAAUGAUUUUUAACCUUGCUGAUACACAUUUGUUUUUUAAUGAUUUGGAGGAGUGCGAUCAAGUUCAUAUAGAUGAUGUUUCCUCUGAUGAUAACGGGCAGGACUUAAGUACCUACAGUUUUGCAACUGAUGGCUUCCAUGCAGCUGCAAGUAGUGCAAACCUUUGUUUGCCAACAGGUGUAAGAGGAGGAGUGGACUGGAUGAGGAAGUUGGCUUUUCGUUACAGAAGAGUAAAAGAGUUAUAUAACACCUACAAGAACAAUGUCGGAGGACUCCUUGGCCCUGCCAAGAGGGAUGCCUGGCUGCAGUUGAGGGCAGAAAUUGAAGGCCUGACAGAUUCCUGGCUCACAAAUGCACUUAAGUCUUUAUCGAUUAUUAGUACUAGGAGUAACUGUGUAAAUGUUUUGGUAACAACAACCCAACUGAUCCCAGCACUGGCCAAGGUUCUACUCUACAGCUUAGGAGGUGCUUUCCCCAUUGAAAAUAUUUACAGUGCAACUAAAAUAGGCAAGGAAAGCUGCUUUGAGCGUAUAGUGUCCAGAUUUGGCACUAACAUAACUUAUGUUGUGAUUGGAGAUGGCCGAGAUGAGGAACAUGCUGCUAACCAGGAGAAAAAGGCUGACUCCAAAUGGAUAGAAAUCUUGGAUAGAAUGCCAUUUUCAAAUGGUCGUCUAUCACAACAUGCCCUUUUGGAGGAUUUCAAGUCACUCGGACCUCUUGGCUCUACAUCAAGCACUGGAAUUAGAGUAUUUGUAACUGUGUUCUCUAGCUGGAGAUCCAUGGUUUUUUAUAUUUCAAGUACACUGAAUUUUUAUGUGUGAUUCAAUGCCUCUGGCUCUACACAUAUAAAUUGUCUUAAAGGAUAAAAUCAUAUUCGGAAUGAGAAUUCCAGAAUGAAGAAUUCAGAUUGCUGAAUGGAAUUAAAUUUUAGUGCUACAGAAAGGAAACUCUAUGGUCUUAUAUUUACACCACAAUAAUGGUUUAAAAAAAAUCUGUGGAAAUUGCUGAUGCACAAGGAAUGAGUCCUAACUGGAAUGAACAGCUUUAGCGAAGAAAUCUUAACCCUCCCAAGUAGCAGCACCUGAGCUCCGUGUGGCAAGGUGAUCAACAACAUUCCUCAAAAUGGGAGAUCCUCUCAGCCCUGAGGUUUGAGUAUGACUUUAGCCUACCUAGCCCAGAAAAUCUGAAUUGGAAUGCACUCAGACUGUAUAGGGGCAGUCCUAUCUAGACCUGUAAUUUGUGUAAAUUAUUGAUGAAAAUAAUUUACUGUGACUUUAUUAGCAGCCGACUUUGAAAGUGGAUGCAAUUUUUCUGUAAUUUGUCGGGGAGGGGCCGAGAGGGGAAACAGGAAUAUAAUAUUGUCUCUUCUUUAAGUUUGGCAAACAGAAUGUUCAUACUGAUAUGUUGUGCCUUAAAGACAAGACAGCAUUUGUGUGUUACAAUGUAACUUUGGUUAAAAAAAUCUCUGUAGAUAAUGAAAAACUAAAUCCUUUGUACUAAUUAUUAAUAUGACCAAAUUUAAAAUUCAAGCUAUCAAAGUUUAAGACUGUAUCAACAAGAAACCAAGUAUUUGUUGCAAAAAGAAACCAUCCGUAGUAAUAAAGGAAAGCUUGUAUUUUAUUUGGGUUCUUAAUAAUUCCAUAAUUGUAUGAGGCAAUUAUCUAUGCAUCCAACCAUAAGGAGAAGGUUUGCGAGAGACUGUGGGACCUUUAUGUAGAAAGUAAAAUGUAUGUAGAAGUCUCAAGUAUCUUUUCUUACUGAAAAAAACUAAGGGCCAUAUUCAUGACAACUUGCAUGAUUUUGAGUUUGAGACUUUUGAUCCAUGUGAAUCGCGUAGAGAAAUAUCUUAACAUGAAAAUUAUUGCCAGUUAUCAACCAAAUGUCUUUAGAAUAUGGGGUGGACAUAACUUAAAAUUCACAUGGAGUAAAUAUGACUUAAAUACAACUAAGCACAUUUAUUCCCAAUGCCACUUGAGAAAAUGAAUUGUCAUCAGCCAUGAAAGGUGGAUGGGCCAGAUGGCUUUGAAGGAAUGAAGUGAGUCUGAAAAUUUCACCUAGAAUAUCAUCAGAAAACUAAAUUACACAGUGAGCCACAUCCUGGCAGCUUUACCAAAUUACAACAGUGAAAUAGUACUGGUUCUCUGUCUUAACACAUCAAUCCAAGGUCUUCACAUUACAGACUUGGGUGUGUUGGAUUUUGCCUGUUCUGUUAAUGAACAGUGGACUGCAUUUGUUGCAGCAAGGACCUGUCAUCGUUGUGUUUGCAUGUUUUUUUUCUUGGUGUGUACCCCGUGUUGGCAACAUGAUACAGGUUCUCCUGUCAUUUUGUAUGACAUGAUCUCCCUUGGAGAAAUUUAAGACUUUGAGAUCUACAGUGUUCUAGUAGUGUCUGCACCUGCAGCUGUGUAUUUAAAGCAGCACAAUACGGAGUCCAGAUUUGAGUCAGUGCCGCUUAUCAGAGGCUGGUUCACAAUAGUCCAUCAGCUGAGGCCUCCGAGCCUUACUUGAGGUCAGUGCUUUGCUCACAGAUCACUGCGUGCACUAUGGAAACACAAUUUUAUUUCAUCAGACUAUAAACCUGAUUUUCUUCAUUGACUGCUGAGGCUAAGUUUAUGAUGGGCAGAAAGAUGAGAUCCCAAUUUCAUCAGAUUAACCUUGUUCCUUAAAUGUUGCUGCCUCUGCCCCCAAGUACUACAGCUAGCAAAUUAUGGUUGGAAUCUUUUUAAUAAUACUAUUACUAAAAUAAUAAUACAGUUUAUACUUCUGUUAACCUCUAGCUUGAAAAGAGCUAUUUAAAAAGUUAGAGUUGCAACUGAUUCUCAGUGGUUUGUGCACUAAAAUCUUUAGUAUUUAUUACUGUGAAUAAAAAUUAUUUUUCUUGUACAGCCAGUUUCUUUAAAAGACAGAAUUGUCACACUACAUCUAAAUUUUUGGAUUCAGUUUUUAUAUCAAGUGAGCAAUUCCUCUUAUGUUACUAAAGGUCUGGGCACAGAAAGAAACACCAAGAAGCUGUCUGUUAUCCUCUCCCAGUGCUCCUUUACACACACACACACACACACACACACACACCUUCUUUCUGGUUAUUUGUGCAGAAAACCUGAAUGUGACAUUGGCACAGAACAGCUUGGCAGAUGCCAACAAGAUGCAGGCACAGCCUGGUCAUGUGACUUCAAGCAUGCUGAAAGUAGAACUCUUCCCUCCCUGUCUUAGAAGCAGAAAGUCCUCUUCCUUCCUGAUCAGAAAAACAAAACAAACCAACAAAUAAAAAACUAGCUCUUUGCCAGUUCUAUUUACAUGUGGAAUAUUGUGCCUUAUUGUAAACUAGUUUGAAAACUCUUCUGUAACUAAAAUGGAUUGUUGACUUUUAAAUUUACAAAAUGGGUCUAUUACUAGGAAAGAUAACCACCUUGUGUUGCACCUUAAAAAGUAUCAAGGCUGUAUAAUUUCAGUAAUAAAAUAGGUGGCCUGACAAUGACACUAUAGCAUAUGAUAAAGACACUAUAUCCCUGAAAAUGUAUAAAUCAGAUUCAGAGUCAAAAAUAUUUUAGAAUCAUAUAGUUUAGUCACAAAGAAAUAGGAACACCUGUCUCUAAAAUUUUUUUUCCUUUAGUCUCUGGUGAGCUAAGAUUCAAAAUAAUGUCAACAGCAUGCUCCACUAUGAAGUUGUUUUUGUAAAGCACAUUUGUUUAUGACACACCUACAUUCUCCAUGAAUAUGGCAUUUAGUAUUUCUUUUAAAACAAACAUAAGCAUCAUGAGCCAAAGUUGCGUUUUGACUCCCAACUAUGGUAGCAUUAUGGAAAUCUCACAGUCAAAGUCAAGGGAUUCUGUUAUGUAUUAGUACAGUAUAGAUUAUUGGGGCCUACCUAAUUUAAAGAAAUGUAAAUUAAUAUUAAAAGCUUGUAAAAAUAUGUACAUCUUUACUAUUUCUCAAUAAAUACCUUUGCAAAUGUUUC